AUGAGAGAAAAAUGGAACAUUAUUCUGUACUUGAUAUGGUUUUCUUAUUUGAUUCUAUCUGCUAUUUUAAUGUUUGGACACGGCUUUUUGUUAUCUCGUAAGACAUUAACUGAUGUGUCCGAAUGUGUUGGAAUUGAGAGUGUUGGCUGUGAUGAAAUCUCAAGUGAUUCCGCCGCAUGUAACGAACCAGAAAAGUUGGAGCGGAUAUUAAAUAACCCGGGCUCACCGCUGGUGUGUCCGUCAACGUCCAAGAGAGUUGUCCUUAUUUUGGUCGACGCACUUCGGUAUGAUUUCACGGAGUACAAUCCAGCUUUAGAAAAUCCUCUGUACUACCAGAAUCGUCUACCCGUAAUACAUAAUACUGUUAAAAAAUGGCCAGAGAAGGCACGGAUUUUCCGUUUCAUGGCAGAUCCACCUACAACAACAUUUCAGCGAGUAAAAGCAUUGGUGACUGGCUCUCUACCUACUUUUGUAGAUGCAAGUUCAAAUUUCGCUGCCAUGGAGUUAUAUGAAGACAAUAUAAUUGAUCAAGUAACAAAGAAUGGUGGCCAUGCUGUGCUUCUAGGUGAUGAUACUUGGGAUCGUUUGUUACCGGGAAGAUGGCUUAGGUCACAUGCAUUAUAUUCUUUUCAUACUUGGGACCUCGAUACUGUUGACACAGAGGUUGAUUCAAAAAUUUAUGAAGAACUUAAGAAAAGUGAUUGGAAUAUACUGUUAGCUCACUAUUUAGGAGUGGAUCAUGCAGGUCACAGAUACGGUCCCAAUCACCCUGAAAUGGCAAGGAAACUUAAUGAAACUAAUGAAAGAUUGGAAAGGAUUAUUGAGGUUUUACCAUCUGAUGCCAUAUUGUAUGUUAUUGGGGACCAUGGUAUGACAGAGACAGGUGAUCAUGGUGGUGAGACAAGGGCAGAAAGAACAGCCGCAAUUUUUGCAUAUUACAAAAAUGGAUUUUCUGGGAUUGGGGAUGAAAUAGCACCAGGACGAGAGAUACAGCAAACAGAUCUAGCUCCUACUGUUUGUGCUGCUUUGGGUUCACCCCCCCCAUCACCGUCAUUAGGCAAUGUGUUGCUGCCUUUGCUGCCUAAAAUGCAAACAACAACUACUCUAUUGCAUAUGACAAAUAAUUUGAAACAAAUAACUCAAUAUUUGGUGAGAUAUGGUGAGGAAUCCCAGCAAGUAUCUUUGGAUAGGUUGGCUGAGCUCAUCAAUUCCACUAGGGACCAAAUAGAGAAAACAGCUAAUGUAAAAUCCCAUGAUGAUGUGAGAAAAUAUGUUGCUGAUGUUAGAAUUCUAAUUGACAACAUCAGAGCCGUAUUCCGUGAAGUGUGGGUAGAAUUUGAUUCGUUGGCGAUGUUGAGAGCGCUCCUCUUGCUGUUGUUAGCUAUAUUCUUCAACUGGAUUAUAGCUGAAGGCAUUCCAAUGGAUCGUAUACCACACGUUUUUGCCAGUUCAUUUGUACCUACGGGCCUAAUAUCUUUAGCCAUUUGUGUAUCACUAUGCUAUAUGGGAUAUUAUUGGGAGCUUUUCGAAGACUUGGAGAGCGCGAUAAUUUUAACUACAGGUUUGAUUUCUGGCGCAGUAACCGGAGCGCUAGUUAUAUUGCACUGGGAUGGAAUCUCACAAAAAUGGUAUGAAACCCGAACGCUGUUUUACGAGCGUUUCGCUCGGUCCGCUUUAUUCGCAUCUGCUGCUGUUUUGGUUUCCAAUAGUUAUAUCAUCGAAGAGGGAGCUGUAUUAUCAUAUUUAGCUCUCAGUGUUUUGGGUUUGGUCGCUUGGAAUAUAAGUAGUUUUAAGGCCCUAGGUCUAUGGGCAGGCUUUGGUUUUGUUUUGUCCUUGACAAGACCCUAUAGGGGGUGUAGGGAGGAGCAGGGGGACUGUUGGACGGCGGGAGAUAAUUUGCAUACAGGGCAAGCAUCGAGGGCAGCUUUAAUCAUUGCGUUGGGUUCCGUAGCUGCUGUUGUGGCGGUUGCUAGGCGACAGGUCUCCUGGCGAGGAUAUGGCAUAGUCAUUGCAGGGAUUUUCACUUGUGCUCAUUGGGCUGUUGGUUGGGGAUCUUUGGGAUCGCCUAAUAGAUCUAGGCUGUUGGCGCGAGUAGCUUGGCUUUCUAUUGUAGCCAUGUUCGGUCUUUUGUUAAAGAGAGAUCGGAACGGACCGACGACACCGUUGAUAGUCUGUGGCCUGUUGUUUUAUUUGGCGAAUUGUUUAGUUCUCGGGGCGUCAUAUGCUCCGACUGCUGCGCUUGCGCUGCUGUCUGGUUUUUUGAUACUCAUUAUGAUUUCAAUGAUGAUGAAGAGCGAUGGUACCUCUAAAACAUCUUCAUCGUUUCGGAGUAGUUCAAGUCUGGCUUGUUUAUGGGCACUGGUGGCGUCAUAUCACUUCUACGGAUCAGGCCAUCACCCCACAUUAAGUCACAUCAGUUGGACACCUGUCUUCCAUGCUGGAGAUCCUAACUAUAGCACUUUAGGACCGGUCAUCUCUUUCAUAUUGCUGACUAUAAAUUUGUUUGGAAUGCCAAUGAUGUUUGGAGCUACAGUGCCCCUAUUAGUGCUCUGGGGGCGUAACGGCGCGUCGAUGGGACCACGAUCUCAAUUGGCAGCUGUGUUUUCCCUCUGUCUCAAGUUCUCGCUGUGCUUUGCAAUAAGAGUGUUAGCAUCUGCCUUAUCAGCGACCAUUCACUGCAGACAUCUCAUGAUAUGGGGGGUGUUUACUCCAAAGCUGAUAUUCGAAUAUGGCGCGUGUGGUGCUGCCUUAUUUGGUUCGCUUCUGGGCGCUGCCCUUACGGCCUGGCAUUUACCAUCCCAGCACAAGUCUAGUUGA